ACAAGUUCAGUCACCAAGAUUGCGAUCGCGUCGAAUAUUUGUAUCCAACAGGUCUGGACCCAAUUGCAAUCAACCGACUUUGUUCCACCUUUGAAAAUUGCCUCAGUACAUACCAGUCAGCCAUACAUAAUGUCUGGGAAACGCAUAGCCUUUACUGGGGGUAGUGGCAAAGCCGGCAGGUCGGCCAUACCUUACCUCAUACAACAGGGGUAUGAAGUUCUCAACAUCGAUUUGACGCCCUUUCCCGACCCGGAUGCAGGUGUUUUCACCCUCAAGGCCGAUCUGACGGAUUCCGGGCAAUGCUUCAACGCCUUGACAUCGCACUAUGGUUUCGCGGAUUACGAAGGUCCUCACAAUGCAGGCCCUCCUGAUGCUGUCGUACACUUUGCCGCCUAUGCAAGAAACAUGCUGGUUCCAGACAACGAGUGCUUUCGAGGCAAUGUAACGUCGACCUACAAUGUGAUUGAAGCGGCCUGCAAACUCGGGGUCAAGAAAAUCAUCAUAGCGUCGUCCGAGACCACAUAUGAGGUGUGUUUUGGCCAGGGCGACCUGGACUACACUUCUUUUCCGCUGGACGAAGAUGCCGAUGUCAAUCCCAUGGACACAUAUGCCAUCUCGAAACUCGUUGGCGAAAGAUGUGCCCGAGGUUUUGCCCGCCGUUUUGAUGCCGAUAUAUAUGCUCUUCGAAUCGGAAACGUCGUAGAACCUCACGAGUACGAGCGAGACUUUCCAAAGUAUAUUGCUGAUCCCAAGUUGCGCAAGAGAAAUGCCUGGUCGUAUAUAGACGCUCGAGAUCUAGGCCAAAUUUGCGAUUUGGGCAUCCAAAAGGAUGGACUUGGCUUCCAGGUUUUCAAUGCAACCAACGAUACCAUCACCGCAACGGUUCCGACUCGUCAGUUCCUUGAAAAAUGGUGUCCAAAUACCCCGAUCACGAGGGAUUUGGGCGAGUGGGAGGCGCCGUUGAGCAACAAGAAGAUUCGCGAUGUGCUGGGAUUCAAGGAAAAUCAUAACUGGAGAAAGUACUACAACCCAGAACAGUAG